AUGGCUGCAGUGCAUACGCUGCCUACCCUUGUCGAGAAAAGGGCCAUCAAACCCUCGAUCGCGAGACAUGUCAACAUCCGCGUCAACGACCCGCUCGAUCAUGACGCACCGGCCAUUCUACAUGAACCUCGCAGCUAUAGCUUCAACGAAUCCAAGGGAUCAGCCGUCGUAUUGGUCAGUGGUGCAGGAGGCGGGGUAAGCGGCCCUGGUGCUAUCUACCCAAGCCUUGCUGAUAAACUCGCCCUUCUACUCGGUAUCCCGUCUAUCAGACUUGACUACAGAAGACCUGCGAGGACGGAGUACUGUUCCGCCGACAUCGUAGCCUCUUUCACCUACCUGCGCGAGCACUUCAAUUCAUCGGCCUUCGUCCUCGACGACCGCGUCCGCGGCGUGGCUACCGUGGCAUCUCAAACUGCGAAUACGGUGGGGAUCAAGAAAUUGAGUCCGCGACCGGUGCUCUUGCUGCACGGGACCGAUGAUACGGUGCUCUCGCCGACGUGCUCGGCGACGUGCUCGGAGACACUGUAUAGGGAGUACGGGGACGGUCCCCGCGAGUUGAGACUGCUUCCCGGGGACGACCAUGGACUCACGAAACAUUCGACUGAAGUGGAAAAGAUGAUCUUUGAGUUUGCUGCUAAGACGCUUGGCUUUGAGAAGCUGUUGAAUCAGACGUUGGAUCAGGCGGGAGAGGAUCUGGUUGAGAGUCGGGAUGAGCGAAUUAGAGAAAUAGUCGAAGGGCACGACCUCGAAGGGGACGAGAGGUUGCAGUAG